GGGGGGGGGGGGAAGAUGGCGCGGAUCAGGCUGGAGGACCUGGACGGGCUGGGCGAGGAGGAGGAGGAGGGGGAUGAAGGCGGGGGGGGGGGAGGCCGAGAGGAGGAGGAGGACGAGGAGGAGCGGGGCCGGCUGUUUGCGCACUGGGAGGUCGUGGCCAGCACGCACCGGGUGAGCCUGCCCCCAGACAUGGCUGGCCCCAUCGUCCAGAUGAACCGGCACAGCCAGGCGCGGGAGCCUGUGCCCCACGUCGCCCUGUCGCGACAUGGCAAGUGCGAGGAGGCGGCCUACGAGGAGCGGCACUACCCGGCCGGCAAGUGGGCGUGCGUCACCAAGGGGGAGCCCCUCUACGAGCAGAGCAUCUCCCUCAGCUUCAUGAAGCUGAUGCGCUACAUCUGCAAGGAGAACUCUGUAGGGCGCUACCUGGGCAUGACGGUGCCGGUGCUCAACGAAAUCCACCUGAACGAGGAGGGGACAGAGCUGGAGCGCGAGGUCCUGACCGCCUAUUACCUCCCGGGGCAGUUCCAGCAAAACCCUCCCGUCCCCAUGGACCCCGAGAUCCACAUCACCGAGAGGGCGCCGCUCCGGGUGAUAACCAGGGUUUUCUACGGGAUAACCACCGAGGAGACGAUUCUGCGGGAGAUCGGGCUCUUCUGGGAGCUCCUGGGCUCCACGGACGCCGUGCUCCGAGAAACCUACAUCGUGGCCACCUACCAGAACCCCAGCGUCCCGCAGCGCCGCAACGAGAUCUGGUUCAUCCGACGGGCCGAGUGAGCCCCCACGGCCGGUCCUGACCCGGAGGAGGAGAUGCCCGCCCGCGGAAUGACGGACCGGGGGGCUACGGGCUGCCUUGGUGCACCUACAGGGGGGGAAACCUGCCCGCUUUGUGCUUCCCCUGGGGGGGGGGGGACCCUCGUAGCCAUGCCGGCGUGACCUGGGUGGCUCUUAGCCCCGAGCCGGGGCCGUGGAGCCACACAUGGAAGUCAUGAGUUGGUGGUGUCCAAACGUGAGGAGCAAGAGAGGCUCAGCCACCGAACGGAGCCGCCGAAGCCUCACGGCCCCACCAGCCAGCUCCGUGCCCCCAAACACCGCCGCGCUGUCCUGGGGGGAGGCCGGCGGCGCCGAACGAGCAGCAAAUAAACCCGGCUCAAGCGCUGC